GCUGGUAAUGGCGCGCGUACCAAUUUGUAAGUAACACACUGGUAUUACGUGAGUGUGAAAUGGAUCUGGAUACUGCUUACAUCGAACCAUUGAUUGACGAUUGGCUGGAACACGUUGUGCAACUGAUGAAAGAACAAGAGCAGGAGCAGAUUGGAAACGCGAGCGAUUUUGCCAUGCCAUUUGUAGCGAUUCCAGCGUCUACUGUGAAAACUGCCUUCAAGGUAGCAGAGUACUUUAAGCUAGAGCCAAACGUCAAGUAUAUGGCCAUUCAACUGUACGAGAGAUUCAUGUGUAAGCACUUUUGGGAGAUUUACAAGACUGAGAUCGCAAACGAUUUCUCCGAAGCGUCAUGGCUCAAAGUCUGCGAGAGGAGCUCUAAUGAAGCGAAAUUAAAUUUAAUGUCGUGCUUUCAAUUGGCCUGCAAAAUGGACUCUCAUUGCGGCGCCUUGGGAAUAUCGCAAAUAAUCAAUUUUUUGCAUCUGAUUGACAAAGAGUCCGAAUAUACGCCGAGUAUGAUUUUCUCUUGGGAAAUUAAAGUGUUCAAAACGGUAGGCUUUAAAAUGCCCCUUUACACCCCGCUCAACUGCAUCGAGAUUCUUCUGGUGGCAACGGGUCUCGGAGAGACGCCAAAUACAGCUGACGUCUCGAUAGAUUUGUUGGACUUGGCUUACCUAAAGCACGACAUGUUGUACUCGCAAUUUCAUUUAUAUCAAGCGUACCAAGGUGUUGCCGCGGAACAUGUAACCAGAAAGCUAAUGUCGUUGAAAUCAAAUGUACUUUUCCUGAGCGCGGCAAUAGUGUAUUGCGCAACCUUCUUUUUGUGUCUGGAUACAAAUGUCUUGGAAGAGCAAGUUGUCGUGGCAAAAUUGGCUCAAUUGUCAAAUACAACAGACACCGAUAUCUUUCGUAUGGCCGACGUGUUGCUCUCGAUAGCGACGCAAGAGUGACGCUUCUCUUCUCUUUUCCCCCUGCAGAGAGAGCUCGUUGAGGAGGGAUUGUACCACGCUCUAAUAUCUUAUUCUAUUGUACAGAGAUAAUUAAAUACCUUGUGUAAUAUGUCACACGCAUAUUUCAAUAUACAAGUGCAAUGAAA